AUGUCGGAACGGGAAGCAGAGUCCGAGAACACGGCACCACGGAAGCGCAUCGCCGUUGCAUGUAGCAGAUGCCGCAAGCGCAAGAUACGAUGCAGUGGCGAUCCAGGCAAUGGCGGUGCCUGUACGAACUGCAAAAACGCGAGCUACGAGCCUUGCAUGUUUCUGAGGGUCCACUCGACGGAGACACAGAUGAAGGAGAAUGGAUAUUACAACUACAACCCCGACACUGCACGCGCCUUCCAAUCUCGCACAAUCUCGCCGGCGGGAUCUGUCUCGGGCUACGGCGCAGAUACAACCACGGCUGACCUGAUGGGCUCCUACCGCCCGUCUUCCUUUUCGUAUGGAAGCCGUGGCAGCUACUACAGCCCCAGCGUGAGCUCCUGGGGUGGCGCCAGUGCGUAUCCCGACGAUUCAGCCGAGUAUGCGACGUACAGCUCCUAUCCCAUGCUGGGGCAGGACUCGGUGCCACUGGUUCCGGGCUAUUCGAGAUACGGUACUGCAAAGCCCGUCUACGUCGAUACCGAGGUGCCAGCCUACAACUACGGCAGCCUGGUGAGCCGCCCAUCGCCUCAAGACACGUCGCCUUUCACGUUGUCGAGCAUGUCUGCCUCGCUACCUAGCACGACCGAGCGCCUGAUCGCUUCGGGCCGAGGCCUGCUCCAAGCUGCCGGGGCCGUCGACAGCAGCAGUCGGAUGGUCGCUGGUUAUCCGUCCAAACCAGGCCCGGACGCCACCUCAUCGACUGCAAUCACCGACACGUACACGGGCGGCGAAUUCGACAGCCCAGUCUCGUAUGCAGCGGUUCCCACGACGCUGCCCCCUUCAGAAACCAGUCAGCAGCGCAGCAUGCUCCAGUCCGACGCGGUCGAUCCAAUCUAUGCCGUCGACUCUUACAGCUAUGGCACGUCGACUCAGGACCAGUCCAGGAGAGGGUCUCUGUCGGGCUGCGGUGCAACCAUGUACCCGGCCGAUCCCCAUCAGACAGCUGCGAUGGCAGCACCCUAUGGCUUGCCAUCGUCAAGCACGACAUCAUCUGCUGCAACCUCGACGCACGGCAGCUGUGGCGACUCUGCCGCAGGGCUAGACGGCCGCAGCACAACCGGUCACAACAGCACCAGCAGUAGUGCCAGCAGCACCACCAGCAACCACUCGCAGCCUCACUCGAUCUACGACACGCGGGCCCUGGGCAGCCUCAGGGGUGCGGCCUAG